GCGCCGGAGCCCAAGGAGACAGAGAGGACGAGCGCUGGAGAGGAAUCAGAAGAGCGGCGGGGGCGCUCCCGGAGGGGUGGGCUAGGAAAUAGGAGGUAUACCUGCAGAAGGGACUGGGGGCGCUCAGGACAUGAAGCUACAGCGUGGAGGGGAGCCGGGGACCGAAAUGGGUGAGGCGGAAGACGCGUGGGGGUUGAGUGAGGUCCGAGUAGUUGGAAAGAUCCGGAGGUGCUAAGUUCUGAGGUGUUAAGGCUGAGUGGGGAGGGGCCCAAGGGGUGCUCAGCAGGUGAAGGAGAGCUGGGAGGAGGUCAGGUGAGAGCAGACGGGGUGGGGGGCUCCCUAGGCAAUGGGCAAGUGGGCUGAAGUGUGAAGCUGAUAGAAGUGAAACAUGAUCCAGGUGGGAGUGUAAGAGGCUCGUGGGAGAGGCAUCUCAGAAGUGAGGCCAGCACAGUCUGAGUGGUGGUCCCAGGGUGGGAGGGUGCCCAAGGAGGGGACACCACAGUGAGCCCUAGGCCAGGUUAGGGGGUGUACCCCCCAUGGGGGAAGCUGCUCCCUGGGGAUCACUGGAGCCAUGCUGUCCCGAAAGGGCAUCAUCCCUGAGGAGUAUGUGCUGACACGUCUGGCAGAGGACCCUGCGGAGCCCAGGUACCGAGCCCGAGAGCGGAGGGCCCGCUUUGUGUCCAAGAAAGGCAACUGCAAUGUAGCCCACAAGAACAUCCGGGAGCAGGGCCGUUUCCUGCAGGACGUGUUCACCACACUGGUGGACCUCAAGUGGCCACACACUCUGCUUAUCUUCACCAUGUCCUUCCUAUGCAGUUGGCUGCUCUUCGCCAUGGUCUGGUGGCUCAUCGCCUUCGCCCAUGGUGACCUGGCGCCUGUUGAGGGUGCUGGGGAGCCCUGUGUCACCAGCAUCCACUCAUUUUCAUCUGCCUUCCUUUUCUCCAUCGAAGUCCAGGUGACCAUUGGUUUUGGCGGACGCAUGGUGACUGAGGAGUGUCCCCUGGCCAUCCUGGUCCUUAUUGUGCAGAACAUCGUGGGGCUCAUGAUCAAUGCCAUCAUGUUGGGCUGCAUCUUCAUGAAGACGGCCCAGGCCCACCGGAGGGCGGAGACCCUUAUCUUCAGCAAGCACGCUGUCAUCGCCCUGCGCCAUGGCCGCCUCUGCUUCAUGCUGCGCGUGGGUGAUCUCCGCAAGAGCAUGAUCAUCAGUGCCACCAUCCACAUGCAGGUGGUGCGCAAAACCACCAGCCCUGAGGGUGAGGUGGUGCCCCUCCACCAGGUGGACAUCCCGAUGGAGAACGGCGUGGGAGGCAAUAGCAUCUUCCUGGUGGCACCCCUCAUCAUCUCCCAUGUCAUCGAUGCCAAUAGCCCACUCUACGACCUGGCACCCAGUGACCUGCACCAUCACCAGGACCUUGAGAUCAUUGUCAUCCUAGAAGGCGUGGUGGAAACCACAGGCAUCACCACCCAAGCCCGCACCUCCUACCUGGCCGAUGAGAUACUGUGGGGCCAGCGCUUCGUCCCCAUCGUGGCUGAAGAGGACGGACGCUAUUCCGUAGACUAUUCCAAGUUUGGCAACACCAUUAAAGUGCCCACGCCACUCUGCACAGCCCGCCAGCUUGAUGAGGACCGCAGCCUGCUGGAUGCCCUGACCCUUGCCUCAGCCAGAGGGCCUCUGCGCAAGCGCAGUGUGGCCCUCGCCAGGGCCAAGCCCAAGUUUAGCAUUUCUCCAGAUUCCCUGUCCUGAGCCGUGGUCCCAGGCGCCACCCAUAUGCGUGUGUGCACACGCAGUGUGGUAUAUGGUAUGUAGUGUGGACGUAAUGUAGGCCCCUCAGCCAGGCAGGGGCCUGGUUUGAGGCUGGCUUUCCCUGGCUCAGCUUCCCCCUGCUGCUCACCCUGGGUGUUACAAGGCACUUGUCACUACAGCUAUUUCUGGCCUCAGCAGGAGCCUGUACUGGGCUAUUUUUGUCCCUGCUCCUCCCAGCCCAGCUCAGGACUGGCUUGCCCCUCCCCUCCACCCCCACCCCAUGGUUUGGGGGACUGUGGGAAGUGCAGGGCUCUAAAGCUGGGUCCCCAGACAGUCCUGGGUCCCCAUGAUCAACUGGCCACAAGCUGGGCAGGUGGCUAGGAAAGAACAGUCUCCAGGCUAAGGGCCUGAUGCCCUGUUUCUGUGACUAUAAGAAAUUGCCUGUGGUCAGGUCCCAGACCCCUUCAUCCUUUAAACAGUGCCAGGCUAAGGGCUGGGCCUGAGUCUCAGGGAGGGCAGUUAUGAGAGAGCAUGUUCCAGCUGGAGGGUUGGUGCUACAGAGUCUACACAAAUGGACACCAGCCAAGGAUGAGGGGCCCUCCCCUGGGGCAGGCUCGGGCCAGGGAGGGAAGGCAGUAGGGGAGACUGGAGAUGUCCCUGACCUCUGCCCCCAACACCACCGUCCUGCAGUGAGGUGCUUCAUGGGCUGGGACUGCUGUACCUGCCUGCUCCCUUUCUGUCACCAAAGGCAGAAGACAAGGUGUGUCCAAUACAAUGAUGGACCUCAGACCCAAGUCUGGUCCUGGUUCUCCACUGGUGGCCACCACUUAGUUGGUCCAGAGGGUGGCCAUGUGUUGAGUGUUUUGGGGUUGCUGGAAAAGGAGGUAUUGGAAAGUUUAGGAUGGUGAAGUUGAGUGAGGUCCCUGAGGCAAAGAGGCACUUGGUCCUGACAGGCUUGGCCCCAGCCUGGACCCCUGGAGCAGGGCUGCAUGUCCUUGGCCAGAAUUCUGCCUUUCCCAUUGUCAAUAAAGCCUCCCCCUUCACGACCUAAACUCUGAACUGUUCUUGCUGGGGAGGCAGUGAGCGUGCUGGGGGAAGGGAGGGGGAGGGCUGGCAGCUGCCACCCUUCAAGAGGUGUCAUGGACCCUAGCAGGGAGGCCAGGGAAGGGACCUGCUGCUGGCUCCUGUUCCCCCAGCUCUGGAGGACAUUCCCCUCCUGCCUCAGGUGGCCAAGCAUCUCAGCCUUUGGACACCUACCAGUGCUUAUAGCCCUGGGUCUGCCUCCUCUCCCAGGGAUCUGCUAGAAGGUCGGGGUUUGGGGGAGGGGGCGGGGACACUUGUAGGCAUUAGUGUAGUGAUGGGAGCAUGAGCUCUCAAGCCAACUGCCUGGGUUUGAAUCCUGGCUCUAGCUAGAUGACUUUGGCCAAGGAACUUAACCUUUCUGUGUUUCAUCUAUAAAAUGAAGAUACUGGGCGGCGCCUGUGGCUCAGCAGGUAGGGCGCCGGUCCCAUAUGCUGGAGGUGGCGGGUUCAAACCCAGCCCCGGCCAAAUUAAAAAAAAUAAAUAAAUAAAAAUAAAAUGAAGAUACUAAUAGUACCUACCUCAUAGAAUUGUUGUGGGAGUAAGUGAAAACAUAUGUACAAUGCCUAAGUGCCUGGUCUACAAGUGCUUAAUAAAUGUUA